CGUAUGGAUCAUAAUAUGGCGGAAGAUGGUGCAAAAACUGAAAAUCAUACGGAUUUAUAUGAAUCUCCUGACAGUAUACGGGCAAUAGAUAAAAGUUCUGUACAUCGUAUAUGUUCUGGUCAGGUUGUAUUAACUCUGGCUGUAGGUGUGAAAGAACUGGUAGAGAAUAGUAUAGAUGCAGGAGCUACUUCAGUAGAAAUCAAAUUAAAGGAAUAUGGCAGUGAAUCAGUAGAAGUCUCAGAUAAUGGUUCUGGAGUGGAGCAGCAAAACUUUCAUGGCCUCACCUUGAAGCAUCACACAUCUAAAUUACAAGAUUUUUCUGAUUUAGUUAAUGUAGAAACGUUUGGUUUCCGUGGAGAGGCGUUAAGUUCUUUAUGUGCGUUAAGUAAUUUAACUGUUAUAACGUGUCAUACCAAGUCUGCUGUCGGAACCAAAUUAGAAUAUGAUAAUCAUGGAAACAUAACCAGCCAAUCACCAUGUCCGAGGCAGACAGGAACAACCAUCUGCCUACAAAAUUUAUUUCACACCCUUCCAGUUCGCCACAAAGAAUUUCUGCGUAAUUUAAAGAAAGAGUUUGCGAAGAUGAUUCAGUUGUUAAAUGCCUACUGUUUGAUUAAUACAGGAGUUCGUAUUCACUGUACCAACCAGAUAGGAAAAGGAUCUCGAUCUGUAGUCGUAGCAACAAGUGGUAAUACAACUUUAAGAGAGAAUAUCAUCAAUAUCUUUGGUGCAAAACAGUUGCAACAAGUUUUAGAGUUUAAACAAUAUCAACCGUCGGAGGAUGUCUGUACAGAAUUUGGUAUUAAACCCACCAUUAGUACAACACAGCUAUUUACAUUAUCCGGGUUUAUCUCCAAGUGUGAACAUGGUCAGGGACGGAGUAGCACAGAUAGACAGUUUAUUUUUAUUAAUAAAAGACCAUGUGACUCUUCUAAGAUAAUAAAAGUUGUAAAUGAAGUUUACCAUAUGUAUAACAGACACCAGUAUCCAUUCCUUGUUUUAAAUAUCAACAUGGACAAAACGUCUGUGGAUGUAAAUGUUACACCUGAUAAACGACAGAUAUUUUUACAGGGUGAGAAAAUUUUACUGGCUGUUAUUAAGACAUCUUUGAUAAAGUUAUUUGAACCAACAACUUGUAUGAUGACAUUGAAUCAGUCUCCAUUUUCACAUCAAAUCACAACAGAGGCCAGUAAUAAAACAGAGGGUGAAACUCCAAAAUCGAGUGCCAGUCAGUUGUCAAGAUUAAAGAGGUCAUUCUCUAGUGCUUUUAGUCAACCAGAAAAUAAUUCCAGUCCAAAAUCUCAAAAAAGUCCAAAGAAACAAAGAUGUCUAGAUCAGUUUAUAUCGAGAAAUUCAAGUUUUAAUGAAGAUCUUUCAUGUGACAAACCGUCACCUAUUGACAUUAAACAAUUUCUCUCUUAUGGAAAACAGAAUGACAGUUCAGUGAAAAUUACUAACUUAGACGAUUCUUACUCACUGACUUCUUCACCUAAUACAAAACAUUUAAACAUUAUUAUUGACAGUCCAUCUCAAACAACCAGCAAGGAUAAUAUCAUAGAAUUACAGCUACCAUUUCUUAGUGAAUCAGAAUCUAAUUCACAAAAAAUUUCACGGACUUCAAGCAUUGUGGAAUCCCCUUCAGUGGAAGAUUUUGAAUCUGGUAUUUCUGGAAGUGUCUCAUCUAAUCAAACGUUGUCUGUGUCUUCUCAAGAAAUAAUGGACGAUAGUGUUUUACAAUCAGGGGUGUCACCUUUAAAGACUUGCUAUGUUUUGAAGAAUCAUGUACAUUCAAAUAGUGGUGCUAGAACUUUGGAUGUAAAAAAUGAAAGUAGGCCUGUAGACGCAAGGGAAAGUAGUCUUGUAGAUGAAAGUGAAAGUAGUGUACUGAAAUCAGAAGAUACACAGAAAAGAGAUGUCCUCAUCACUCAUGUGGAUAAACCACAAGUUACCAAAAAACGAGAAAAAAUAAUGCAGUUUAGUUUUGAAAAGCUGAAAAACAGACAUAAACAAAAAAAUGAUAAACAAAGUACCAGUUUCUGUCGAAGUUUUCGAGCCAAGAUUUCACCCACAGAUAAUCAGUCAGCAGAAGACGAACUUAAAAGAGAGAUCAAGAAAGAAAUGUUUUCACAGAUGGAAAUAUUGGGUCAGUUUAAUUUAGGUUUUAUUAUAACUAAACAUGGUGACGAUUUAUUUAUUGUUGAUCAACAUGCCACGGAUGAAAAAUAUAACUUUGAGAUGUUACAGAAAAAUACAACAUUACAGAGUCAAAAACUCAUACAACCCCAAUGUUUAGAACUAACAGCCAGUAAUGAAACUAUUCUUGCAGAUAAUUUACAUAUAUUUAAUAAAAAUGGUUUUGAAUUCUUAAUUAAUGAAGAAGCUCCACCAACUCAAAGAGUAAGAUUAACAUCCACCCCAGUGAGCAGAAAUUGGAACUUUGGAAAGGAAGAUAUUGAAGAAUUGAUAUUUAUGUUGACUGAUUCUCCGGGUGUUAUGUGUCGACCAUCACGAGUGAGAAUGAUGUUUGCGUCCAGAUCAUGUCGUAAAGCUGUAAUGAUUGGAACAGCUUUAAAUAGAUCAGAAAUGAAAAGGUUAGUGUGUCACAUGGGUGAAAUAGAAAUGCCUUGGAAUUGUCCACAUGGUCGUCCAACGAUGCGUCACCUAUUUAACCUUCAGAUGUUACCAAAAACUAAGAGAGACGCGGGAGAGACAAGAGACAGACACAGAGAGAUAGACAGAGACAGGGGUUUAACGUACACUUGAAACAACCUGUCUUUUCAGGACUAACAUGAAUCAAUUUUAUAUAAAUAAUGUGCUGGCUUGCUUGUAGGGGUCUUUAUAGUAGUAGGAUGAAAUAUGAAGACCUUGAGAAAACCGACGAGGGGUAGGACAGUUGAUCCUACACCUUGUCAUCCUCAAUCUAAAAAUUGAAACCAUGCCUCCUGACUCAAUGACAGAUUGUAUGAUCUAAAGCGCACCGUCAGACUGUCUAACGCCCCAUAAAACCUUAGAAAAGACUUUAAUUUUAUCUAUUUUAUUCCACACAGUUAACCCUUGUCAGUGGUGCAGGAAGGAGGGUCUGACAAGGACAGCUGGUACAAAAAAACCUAGGUCCUGUGUAUACAUUGGCAGUUGGAAUUCAAUGUAAGAGUUGGCUGUAGUGCCGCUGUUUGGGCAAAAUAUCCCUCAUAGCACAGUGCAUGGCGUAUGCCCAUCUUCAUUAGCCCAGUCGGAGCAGAACAUUAGGAUAUGAAACCCCAUUUCAUUUCAUUUCUAUAUUUUAUCUGUUGAUUGUAAAUUAGAAGCCAAAUGUGUUCAGUUGUACAGAGAUAUGUAUCUGUUAUUUUAAUUAGA